GCCCAUUGUUGUUUUUGUAAUCAAAUGCAUUUUCCCAUGUUUACUUUGUCCUUACCGACAGAAGAAAUCUUUCAGAUGUAAGGCCAAAAUCGGCCCGCAACAAAUCUUCCAGUAGUCGAUUUUCGUUCUCAGCCGCGAGAAAAGCCAUUACCAAAGCUACUGUAUACGUAACUUUUGGUUUUUCUUUUCGUAUUUUGGUUUUUUUCUCUUUCUUCGAAAGUUUGAGCGUCAUUGUCUAUAGGCGAUACGGAUUUUUCAGUGUUUUGGCAGCCAUAAUCCGAGAAAAUUCCGACAAAAAGUAAGGGCUUUGCCGUUCCUUCAUGAACCCGACCGAGUGACGUUCUGCAGCUGAUUGGCGAUAUCAAACAUAUGCGAAAAAAAACGAUAUUUUUUCACGUGUGUCGUUGCGGCUUUUCGCAAGGAUAGAAAUCCUUAUAUAACACAUUAGUUAAUAUGAUAAUUAAAUAUCGACUUAACCUCGAUCAAGGGAAGGAUCAAGCUCAGCCGACGUGGUCGCUGCCGCUGACGUCUGCUAGGAAUCGGGCUUCUGAUGUACAUUCAUCUUCGUUGCCGUCCUUAUGAGACAGCGGCUCGUGAUUUUGCUUGCGCUUUUCUGAGAGUCGUCGAUGGCUGCCUCACUACCUAACAACGACGAUAAAAAGUGGCUUAUUUUCGAAGACGACAUGCCUAUCGAUGAUUUUCUGAAGAGGAACCCACCAUCACAGAUCGAGGGUUCCCAGUAUUCGUAUCUCUGUGUGCGCCAUUCUGACUUCUCAAAGAUAAAAUCUCCCGAUGAAGCUUCUCUACGUAAAGAAUGUGACAGUCACAUAGAAAACUUUGGCGAGAUGACCUCAGAUUACAUUCUACAGUUGGCCGAGAAAUACGACUACAAAACAAGAAAAUGGCUGAUCCACCCAGAAAGGUAGGGAAAGAACCGACACGAUUUUAGUAGCUGCAAGUCAAAGGAUAAAAUAUGUAAGCUCGCGAACAACGCUUAGUUUCUCCUAGCAGGGCUUUCAAAGAGUUUGAAAAAAGGAAGGGAAUAAUAAUUAGUUGGCUACCGAAUUAAAUGCUGGGAAUAAUUAAGUCAAAAUGUCCCAGGUGUACAACAAAGUUUGCUAGAACCUUCUGAACGUGGAAUCGAUAUGUAAUAUUCGUCUACAGUAUCAUUUUGCCGAUUAAACACACGGUCUUCUCGUCGCAGCAGCUGUUCUCAGUUUUAUCGUCCGUUAACCCGCUUGUUGAACGCGAUGGUUAUCUUGGCCGCGGAGUCUUCAAACUCACUUCAACGUUUUGUUGGCAUCUUAAGUGCUUACUGAUCUAUUGGCUGAGUUGGUUGAUAACCCUCGGCAUGGAGCUGUGACAAUUUUUAUGCUGUGAAGAAAAAGUUUCCACGAAUUUUUUCGGGGUAAAUUUGGUUUUUAGCAUCUCCUUUGUCGUAAUUCGGGACGGUGUGCUAGACCACUCAGAUUUGAUCAGCGGAGAACGAUACCUCACGAUCAAAUACACUUUCGCACACAACGAAAUGCUCACUGUUCGAAUCCUGUUAGUAAUAAUUUAUUCUUUCGUUUCCACUCCAAACUGGGAAAUGUUUGCAGUUCAAGAUUUUCGAUCGUAUGUCAAUUAUCGAUCGUUUUUUUCAACAGCGCUUAUUUCGAAAGGAGGUAAACAUAUUAAGGCAUCUAUCAGCCGAAUGUGACGGAUACUAUCGCUCAUGUUGUUAAUCGAUGGACAUGUCAACGAAUAGUCAGCCAAAUGUCGGUCGCCAUGUUAUUUGAGUUAGUAGACCGUCAGUCGCCACUAUACUUGGUCGGUAUGUCGGUCAGCAUUCAGCCAACAUGUAGACCGAUAGUAUCAACUGAUUCUUGACCGACAGGCAACAGAUGCCUACUCAUGAUCCAACUAGUUGAUGGGCUUGGCUAGCUACUGGCUCUCAUUUAUAGCCCUGUUAUUCUGCCAAUAUGAGCAGCUCUAAUGUCUUGAAGUAAACAUUUAAGGGUAAUCCUUCACUGGUACGAAACAUGAGACCCUAGUAAAUGGACCUUUAUAUGUUAGUGCUACCUUAAGACAGCCUUGUAGCAUAACUUUUUUCAAAUGGUUCUUUCUCCAUCAAUUUAUAAUAGCUAUGGAAGCGCGUCGCAAAAGCAGUCGGCAAUGGUAAGCUUGGUUAUGCCGCAAAGGUCAGCGGAAAAAGCCAUGAAGAUAACACGCAUGUGAUCAGCGUGCACACUGAGGAUUUUACCAAUGAGAACAACGUGAGGAAAGUCGAGGAAAACCUCCGAAAAGAAGGCAUCACUGAACCAAUGACCUACAAGUUAGACAUCUACACAACGUUGGGGAUCUAUCGCUACAAUCCUUGGAGACUGAGCCCAACAGUGUACAGCAGCCAUAGUUAGUUGAUAACGAAGAAUGUCUACAGCCAUACACACUUUAAAGGAGACCGUACUGCCCUUGAACUGAUGAAGAUAUCUUUUCUUGUGGAGAUUCCUUUGAACGAAAGAGAAACAAGAACCAAAAUGAAUUAAAACUAGAGACAAAUAGAAACAAUUUACUGAUAGGCGUCAUUUUGGAUCGUAUGACGUCAUACAGGUACCACCAUAUAUUAUCACCAAACAAAAGCUCUUUCGUUUGGCAAUCAACUGCAAAGCGUCACCUGAUCCAACAUGGUGACGCACGCAAAAUUCCAGUUUCAAAAUAGCCAAUAUAUGUUUCUAUUUUUCCCUCACUAAAGGUGAAAGUUGGGAGGGUACGGCUACACAUAAGCUAUACCGUUCAGAGUUUCUGAAGCUGACUUUUCGAGCAUUGGCCCUUUGGCAGAGCGAAUAGGAAGGGCUAACGAAGGGCUAACGCUCGACUAACCGUCAGCUUUAGAAACUCUCUACUGUGGCCAAUCAAGUCAGUUAAUUAAAACAUUCUUACUAUUUGGACAAUUCAAUGUCCUUGAGCUUUGAACUGUUUGUGAAAAUUCUGAGCUUUGGACCUCCUGGGAAACUCAAGGCAUCGCGAGCGCGUGACAAAUAUUGAAAGCCAAUAAUAAUCAGGGGAGGGAGGGAUUGUACGGAUCACAACGUUGGUGCGAAAACGGUUUAAGUUCACUUGGUUCCAAUGGCCCAGAAUAAAGAAUUGUUCCACGCUUAGCGUGCCUAUGUCGAGUUAUGAAUGUACACGGGAAGUUUGGAGAGCACGAGAGAAGCGUAAGAGCUACUCUCCAAAUUUGCGAAGUGCAUCCAUAACUCGAUAUAUGCACAGCUUUUACGCACGAACAAAUUCUUCUGUAACAUAGCAUGCAGACACAAGUUGUGUUCGAAAAAAAAGAGUUUACUACAACCUUGUCGGGUCUACCAGAUAAUCAUGUUACAACCGAAAACUAUGAAUAAAUAACAAGGC